GCAGCCAGACAGACAGAGUGUGUCAGAAGAGUUUCAGCCACAUGGCUUCAGAUCGGUGUGUGUGUUAUGACAGUCAGUUACACACUGGGUGAAUGUGUGUGUCAAGCAGAGAUGGUGAGGGAGAGGAGCUAACAGAGAUCAGGAGUCUUUCCUCACUGGAUCCCAGUCAGAGUUGUUGGGUUUUGGGACAACGGACCGGUCGCUUAAACCUGUCAGAGCGGACGGCCUGCAACACCCAUCACUCCACCAGGAUCUUCAUGUGUCGCAGGGAGACGUGGACAACUCCGUGGACAUGGAUCGCUUCAACAGGAACGUGCCUGAGCUCGGGCGAAAAACUCAUCAGGUGUUACAGAGUACCCCACUGGAUUUAAUCGAGACUGGAAAGGGGCUGAAGUUUCAAGCGGAGCGCCCUCACCUGGUCAGCCUGGGCAGUGGACGACUGAGUACAGCGAUCACCUUGCUGCCUCUGCCUGAGGGCCGCACCACUCUGGGGUACAGUGCCAUGGACAUCAACAUCCAGGGCCCUGGUGUGGCAGCACAGCACUGCUACAUCGAGAACAAGUCGGGCGUCAUCACGUUGCAUCCUUCUGGGAACCUCUGCGCUGUCGAUGGGCUCCAGGUCCAACAGCCCACCCGUCUGUCACAAGGCUGUAUGCUGUGUUUUGGACAGUCAGCCUUCUUCCGCUUCAACCACCCUGAGGAGGCCUUCAGGAUGAAGAGCAUGAUACCUCAUGGAGGAGGUGUUCGCACCGGGAGCUAUGCUUUGUGUCCAGACACUGAGAGUUUGGUCAAUGGGAAUCACCAGGCCAGUUCCUCCCAGUCUCCCUCAGCUCCUGGAGAGAGAGUCCAGUCUGAGCACAGCGCCAUCGUCAGCUCCAUUGAGAAGGACCUCCAGGAGAUCAUGGAUUCCCUAGUCAUGGAUGACCUUGAACCCUCUUCCUCUGAUGCAAAAAAGCCCCCCGGGGGGCAGUCCAUGCACCACUCCCCAUUGUCGCCUAUGGUCAAUGGAGGGGGGAGGUAUUUGUUGUCCCCUCCCACCAGCCCAGGUGCUAUGUCUGUGGGGUCCAGCUAUGAGAAUGCCUCCCCUCCCUUCUCGCCCCUUUCCUCCCCCUCUCCUGCCAGCAGUGGAAGCUUCACCAGCCCAUCGCCUGGCGGAGGACACCAGGACCAGAGUUCUUCUCUGCCACCUGUGCCUAUACGCUCUUCUAGCUACAACUUCAGCACCCAGCCUCUGCCUGUCCCCCUGCCAAGGACCAUACUGCCUAAUUUUAGCAGCACCGGGGUGGGCCAGAAGGUCCAGGAAAGCCCCAGGCUACAGAGGAAAGUUUUGGCAGAGACCCCUCCGAGCCCCAAGCCCAGCCGCCGGGGACUCGGCCAGGACGGCUCAGAGAGCCCUCGACAGACGCCUCUUGUUUCGUCUAGCGAGUCUCUCAGUGGUAAAAACAUUGCGCCAAGCAGCCCCAGAGUCACCCCUAAAUUUCCAACCUGUUCAUCGCCGUCUCCAUCGCCUUCACCAUCUAGUCCCAGGACCAAGACUGCCACAGUGCUCCAGGAAAGGCCAGCCAGUCCCUUCAGAGAGCAAACCAUCUUAGCUGAUGGCUCCCAGAACUCCAGCUCCUCCAGGCAGCUUUCACAGCCCAGUAAGGCUUUUCAGCCCCCCCUGGAUCCCAUCGUUCACGUCAUCCAAGGAUCUCCUCUCCCUCAGCAUCCACGAUCGCUGCAGCCCCCUGAAAGCCCCAGGUUGGCCCGAAGGAACUUGGAAUUGAAUGGUGGCAGCGCAGGGAGCAGCAGUAUGAGAGAGCUGCCGCCUCUGAGUCCUUCAUUGGCCCGGAGGGGGGUUCCGGUUCUUCCAGGAGCACUGCCUGGAACAAUCUCCACGUCAAGGACUCCGGAGAACCCCUCAUGUCUGGGCAGGCUGGUCCCAGAGAGUCCCAGGCUGCGGCGCAAAACCGGAUCCGCGUCAGAAGAGCCGUCUUGCAGCAGAGGGAUCCGAGCUCGCAGUCCGUCCCCCACCUCCAUGUUGAUGGAGGGUAGCAGCGGAGUAGGGAUACGUAAGGCAAGCUUCGGGAACUCUUUAUCACCCGCUUUCAGUCUGGGCUCCCUACCUGGCUCAUCCCCUGCAGCCAGCCCCAGGACCCAGAGGAAGAUGUCCUUGGGGAGACCCCACCCAGGAAUGCGAGAGAGGAAGAACAGCAUCACAGAGAUCAGCGACAACGAAGAUGAGCUGCUGGAGUACCACCGCCGACAGAGAGAGGAGCGGCUCAGGGAGCAGGAGAUGGAAAGGCUGGAGAGGCAGCGGCUGGAGACCAUCCUGACCCUCUGCGCCGAGUACAACAAAGGUGAGAGCGUGGGGCUGGACCCCCUGGGCUCAGGACAGCUGGGUUUCCCCGGGAGUCUGGGUGACUGCUCAGGGCGGAGGCCGUCCCUGGAAAAUCUUCUGGGAGGAACCCCGACGUCGCCGGCCGCCCUCCGCCUGGCGCAGAGACAGAGGGAGAGCGACGAGGAGAACCUGAAGGAGGAAUGCAGCAGCACCGAGAGCACCCAUCAGGAGGUGAGGACCUCUCCUGCCCCCAGCAGAGUGUCAGCGGUCCACAAUGGAGAGCCACAGCAUGAGGACUCGUCUGGCUCAGGCAGCGCGGGCCGUUCAGAGCUGACUUACCUGGAAGAUGAGAGGACCCGCGUUCUGGCCCGGACCGACGAGCUCAAAGCCCGACUCACCGAGCUGGAGGAGCAACUCCAGGAGUCCGAACAAGAGGCGGAGAUGGAGCGCGCCCUGCUGCAGGGCGAGAUGCAGGCCGAGCUCGACCAGAUAGAGGCCGAGACAGACGUCGUCAGUCAGCUGCAGCGCAAGCUGGAGGAGCUUGAGAGCACCAUCCAGAGGGAGAAGGACAAGGAGAGGGCAAAUGUUGAGGCCGAGCGGCGGGCCCUGCAGAGGCUCCAGGAAGGCUAUGCUGAGCUGAAGAACCAGCUUCAUAACUGUCCAGAGUCCCUGAGGGAACAGUUGCAGGAACAGCUCAAAAGGGACGGAGAGGCAAUGGAAGCAGGGACCAAGAAGUUUGAGGAUCUGGAGUUUCAGCAGCUGGAGAGAGAGAGCAGUCUGGAGGAGGAAAGGGAGACGCUCAGCCAGCAGCUCCUUCAGGAGAAGGCAGAGUACCACCGCAGCGUGGCCAAGAGGAAGGAAAAGGUUUCUGCUCUGGAGAAGCAGGCCAGGCAGCUUGGCCAGCAAGCUUCCCAGGAGUGCGAGCGGCUGGCCAAGGACCGGACGCUCACACUGCAAAUGCUCCAAAAGGAGAAGGAGCGACUGUUGGCUCUAGAGAAGAGAUACCACACGCUGACCGGAGGAAAGAGCUUCCCCAAGUCUUCUUCUGCCAUGAGAGAGGAAGCUCUCUAUAUCAGCGAGGCUGAGCUGUUGCUGGGGGAUGUCCGGUCCUCCCAGACCUCCCUAUGUGGAGUCUCUCCUUCCUUCUUACAUCCUCCCCCCCUCUGUCGGUUGUUCCCCAGCAGCCCCACAGAGGAGUAUGUGACAGUGGGCCAGUUAAAUCAGAUCUAUGGGAUGCCCAAGGUGGAGUCUUCCCCUACAUCCCCGCUACGCCAGCCCCUGCAGCCCAGAGCAGGAGACCCUGCCUUCUCCUGCCUCCCCUCUCGGCAUGGCUCCUCCCUCUCUCUGUCUGUGGAGCACCAGUGUGAGCCCAGUAGGCCUCACCUCUCCACACUAGAUUUAGAGCAGUGGUACCAGGAGCUGAUGACCGGCCCCACACAGCUCGGUGCCCCCCCUCUGCCGGCCAAGUCGCCGUCAGGCCGCAGACCGGUCCUGCAGGUGUUUCGCUCCAAACUGGACAGUGAUCCCGGCGUUCCGUUCCAUCAGUCCAAGUCAGGCUCCUCGUCCCCCCUGCAGCACGGAGCAGCAACGCUGGGGCGCAACACCAGCUCCAAGCAGAGCCCCCUGCUGGCCGCCGGCAGCACUGGAAGCCUGCCCAGGAACCUGGCUGCGACUCUGCAGGACAUCGAGACCAAGAGACAGCUGGCUCUGCAGCAGAAAGGUCAGCAGGUGAUCGAGGAACAGCGCCGCCGUCUGGCCGAGCUCAAGCAGAGAGCCGCCGCCGAGGCCCAGUGCCAGUGGGAGGCGCUGCACGGCUCCCAGCCUCACCUCCCGGCCUCUUACUCCCCCUUCAUGGCCAACAGUCCCACUCUGAGCCACAACUCAUCAGGCCCCCCAUCCCUGAUGCACCACUCCAUCCUGCACCACCAGCCUCCAUCGGCCGGAGAGCAGCCCUACGACACCCUGAGCCUGGAGAGCUCGGACAGCAUGGAUACCAGCGUUUCCACGGGCAACAACUCGGCAUGCUCGCCCGACAACAUGUCCAGCAGCGUUGGAGGAGUGGACGUGCUGAAGAUCGAGGAGAUGGAGAAGAUGCUGAAGGAGGCGCAGCUGGAGAAAGCCAGACUGAUCGAAUCGCGGGAACGAGAGAGCCUGGCUCGCCGUCAGAUGUUGGAGGAGGAGAGAAGGAGGAGGGAGGAGGCAGAGAAAAGACUCCAGGAUGAAACUUUCCACAGACAGCAGCUUGUGGAGAAGGAGGUCAAGAUGAGGUCCAAGAACUUUUCUCAGGCUCGACCGAUGACCCGCUACCUGCCCAUCAGGAGGGAGGAGUUUGACCUGCGCUCGCAUGUGGAGUCGUCGGGCCACAGCGUGGAGACGUGCUACCACGUCAUCCUCACAGAGAAGAUGUGCAAGGGCUACCUGGUGAAGAUGGGAGGCAAGAUCAAGUCCUGGAAGAAGCGCUGGUUUGUGUUCGACCGCCUCAAGAGGACCUUCUCCUACUACGUUGACAAACAUGAGACCAAGCUGAAGGGUGUGAUCUACUUCCAGGCUAUAGAAGAGGUCUACUAUGAUCACCUCCGCAGUGCCACUAAGAGCCCCAACCCAUCGCUGACCUUCUGCGUGAAGACGCACGACCGCCUCUACUACGUGGUGGCGCCAUCGGCGGAGGCCAUGAGGAUCUGGAUGGACGUGAUCGUCACGGGAGCGGAGGGAUACACUCAGUUCAUGAACUGAGCGCGGAGGGCGAGCGGGACGCCGCGGCAGGGAUUGGACACGCAAUCCACAGGGUCCGUUCUGACGUCCGCUCCGACUCGGACACCACGCCUGUUUGUUACCGUUUCUGUUUUUAUUUCUGCGUUUAAUCACACAAUCAUUUCUCCACGCAGGCGUUUCCUUUGUCAUGUUACCAAUGUGAUUCUGUUUGGAUUGAAAAAGGGAGCUGCUGCCACACACACACACACACACUCCCCCGCCCACACCCCACACACACCAACACAUCUCUGUAUAUAAACCAAAAUGUUCACCUGUCCAGGACUGUUCAAAGCCUUUCUAUAUUGCCAAAAGGAGAUCUUGUAGUUACUGUUGAAUAUUUUGUAUUAUUGGUUUGUUUUUUUACUUAGAGAAAAAAUUGCCAAAUGACAUGUUGCCAAUGUUAUUGAGUAUUCUGUUGUAACUUUGAGUGUAGAGAGAGAAGAUUUGAAGAAUUCCCUUCACUUUAAUGUGUUUCAGCUGCUGAAACCUUUUUUCUGUUUAACGGUCAGCAGCAGAGAUGAUCUCAGAUCCCAGAUCCACAUCUUCACCAGGCUUACCAAAGGAACGGACUGUCCACAGGUAUUCCUGAAGAGUCCACUCAUUAGGACAGAGUGAUGGGCUGUAAUGGUUUGAUCGACACCAUUACACAACGAAACUUCAAUGGUUUCUAUGCUUCAAAGCUGUCAGAAGAGGCUGGCUUAAACUGAAAGCACUGAAUGACCACACAGCUACCCUGGGCUAGCAUCAAGACCGUAAAUAAAGAGAGAAACUCUAAAAUAAUCAGAGGGAUUUCUGGUCAGGCAUUUUGAUUCCAAUGUCCAUCGCUGUUUUCCAGAGUUCCCAGGUUGGGCCAGGUUCUGUUACCACAUUAUUGUCCAGCCCAAAACAUUUGGUCAUUUUAUUUAUGUAUUAUUGGGUGGCACGAUACAUCAGCACCAACAUCGGUAUCAACCGGUAUCGGUCAUUUUUGACAUAUCGGUAUUGGUCCAAUAAACGGGCUGAUAUUAACAACCAAUAUUUAUUUCCAACUUGUUGCUGUUUGUUUCUGGAGGGGAGGGGUCAAGGUUGGUCAGGAAACAUUUUUAUGGUCAUGUGAUAGAGAGAUGCUGCAAAGGAUUGUGGGGAAGCACAGCGAUGUGGUCAUGUUUUCCAAUAUUUACCUAGAUAUAUUUAGCUAUCAGACAUAACUGCAGUAUUAAUAUCGGGUAUUUGUAUUGGUCCAGAUUUGCAUAUUGGUGUCUUCCUAAUUAUUGCUCAUUCUUUAUAAAUGUGUGAUCGAGUUAAAAACGGUUUUCUGUCACAAACAUGUCACUAAGCCACCUUUCACUGUUAAGCUCUCCAUAGUCUUGCUUGCUUUAGCAUACGGACUGUUGAUAUUCUAACACAUUUUUUAUUCCAUUUUAGGAUUAUUUUCUUAAGUCAGGGGUGUCAAAAGAACGGCCAUUUUGUGGGCCCCGCCCACACUAUUAAGAAAGAGACACAUUGCCUUCCAUGUGGGGCGUUUGCCGAUACUGAGACUCUCAUUUGAAGGGAGGAAUGAAAGAAUCCAUCUUAGUGAAACCAAACUGGAACAGAGGAUGUGGUCUAAGGUUCAGCACAGCCUUGAUUUCGUCUCUUCAGGCCGUUUCACAGAAAGUCAGACCUUGAAAUGUGACCAGACGUUGUUGGGGACUGGUUAGGAGAGUCGGUUUCAACAACCCCUACAGGGAACUGAAUACAGCCAGUUUCAUGUGACUCUGACGGCCUCGUUAGCGAUAGCUGUGGUUUUGUUGGUGAUUUGUUUUGCCCUCUCAGGGUGAUUGUUUCUGAUUGGCCAUGUUUGUUCCAUUCUUGAACUGUGGUUGUGGGCCACACAAGGUCAUUGAUGUCAGUUUGGACAUCCCUGUUGGAAGCUGUCUUUAGACAGAGCAACGCUAACUUUUAAUGCUCACCCAUUUUCAGAACAUGAUUCAUAAUCACCAUUAAACAGAAAUCUGCCUCACU